AUGGAUGUCACAACGGCUCAUGGCGAAAGUCAUGUUCAUAAGGAUACAUUGGCUGAUGAUGAUAGUGUAAUGCAUACGAAACGAAAUGCAACUAAAGAACCGAUACCGAUGAAGGAUGACAAAAAAGUUGGACCCUUGGUUUUCGCUUCAGGCAUACUUCAUUUCAUGGUUGCUUCUUGCUUGUUGGCCUGCAUAAUUAUGAACAAUUACGAGAAAUGCAGUACAACUCUUCCACCAGCCAUUAUAGUCGUUGUUCUAGCAUUUUCAUGUUGUUUUAACGUUGUCGCUGUGAUUUUGCUUUUCCUCCAUGAAACAAAUGUACCUCAUGAAAAGACGGCUAUACUGGGAGUUGAGCUUAUGUCCAUUGUUAGCUCGGUAUUUAUGAUUUUGGUCAUGGCAUAUUUCGUAAAAGUCCCUCCAAGGCUUCUUAUUGUUAUUGAAAGCCACGAAGCAAGUCAACUAAAUAAAAAGUAAGC